CCUUCUCCUCCUCCUCUUCCUCCUCUUCCUCACAGCAGCACAUAUAACAGCCUGAACACUGAGGCUCAGAGAGAAACUCUUCUGCACAAGAUCAACUGUGACUGACGCUCAGAGCAGACAAACACUCAAGAUGUCGGCAGAGGUGAAGCGCUGCAUUGAAACCAGCACCAGGAGCUUUGAGGAGCAGAAGACUCUGAGACAGUUCGCAAUAGAAAUCUGUAAACAUCAAGAUGUGGCAUGGCUGAAAGACAGUUCAGAGUCAGACUCUGAGUCAUCAGAGUCUGAGUCCUUUGAGUCUCGCUUCCAGACCUUCCUCAAAGUCAUCAACAUGUUUAAUUUCCUGAAACAAGCACUCGAUGUGGAAAAAGAGAAGAUUGUCUGCGAGGACAUCCACAUCACCUUUGUGGCACAUGGAUCGAUCGAGCAGACCAUGAUCCCAGCCAACACUUUGCUUCCUCUGUCCACCAUCGAAGACUUGGUCGUGUAUUCUCCCUGGAACUGCGCGAUUAAUGCUGGUGUAGCGUACGGUGUUGCUAAAGGAAUCAUUGAGCUUAAGCACAGGGCCUUCUGCUGUACUGAAGAAGAUGACUGUCAGAUUCCUGAUGAAGACCAUCAGCCCACCAACCUGCCCGACCGCUGGAACUCAAUGAAGACGGCUAAAGGACGGAUGAUCCCAAACAUCCUCGUUAGUCCUCUAACCAAAGAAGAGGAUGAUGCAUGGGAAGACUUCGAGCAUCUCCAAGUUAAGUAUGGUCGACCGGGGCUAAACCGUAUCGUCAUCCCGUUCAUCAUCCCAGGAGACAGUGAUGAAGAGGUCCCAUUCUCUGACAUCAUUUUGGCCUUGUCACUGGUGCUCUAUUUCUCCAAAUAUAAAGCCACCGUCCACCUCGCUGCCUGUCUGGGUAAAACAUCUGACGAAACAACACUUGAUGAGAAUUACCUGAAGGAGCAGUACGCCUGCACUAUCGACAACACGGCAAUGAUGACAUCAGCUGAAAUGCUAAUCGACAAACACACUAACCUGUACCGAUCCCUUCACACCCUGUUUGGUUAAACAGCUCCUCUGUCUGACGUCAUCUCAGUGUUAAAACUGGUCUUUACUUUUGUUUUGUUUUUUCUAAACCCAACCAUGUGUGUGUGUCGGCUAAAUGUGGAAGGAAAAAAAACAUCAGUUGGCGGUGUUGAACCGACGUAGUGCUUUUAUUUUGAAAGAGACCGUAUGCAAACUGUACAUUUCCUGUGAAAACAGAAGUGUAUUUUGAAAACAGACAAUGCAUGUAACAGGCUGAAGUUGACACGGCGUCCCAGAACGUCAACAACCAACACACCCAGGGUACCUUGGACAUCAUAUGUGGACGUGGAAAGUCCAUGACCAAACGUGUAGCGUCUGUAUUUUUGACGGUAUUAAAAAUCGUACUGUUAGGAUCUUUUUAAUUCCCUUGUAUAUUCUGAUACCACCUGAGCCGACUCCUCAGCACCACCCAGGUGACCUUCAGCGUGGCACCAAAUUCCUGACUGCAUGUUUGUAUUUAGAGCUGAUUUGUGUCUGUAAUAAUGAAAUUAAUUUCUCAUGAGAGAUAAAUAAAGAUGAAUAAAUGUUUUCUUCCUCUCUGGUA